AUGGAAUCCUCCUCGCCGGCCUUCUCUGUCCUGCACAUGGCAAAUUGGGGGGGAAUCCACUGGCUUGUGGAGGAGGAGGGGUUGCAGAGGGCGGCGGCAAGGGAGGGCGCUGUGGCAUGGGAGGUAGAGGUGGAGGUGGAGGUGAUUUUGUGGUUGCAGAGGUUGAACUUGGCGGGGGCUGGGUUGGUGGUCCUGGAGGAGAUGUUCGCGGCGAUGGUGACGGAGGUGACGGUGGAGGAAACGGAGAGGGCGGGGGUGGUGGUCCUGGAGGAGAUGUUCGCGGCGAUGGUGACGGAGGUGACGGUGGAGGAAACGGAGAGGGCGGGGGUGGUGGUCCUGGAGGAGAUGUUCGCGGCGAUGGUGACGGAGGUGACGGUGGAGGAAACGGAGAGGGUGGGGGUGGUGAUGCAGGAGACAGAGGACGCGGUGGCGGAGCUUGAGGCGGUUUCGGAGGACGUCGAGGUUUUGGCGGUGGUACCGGUGACGGAGGUAGUGGUGGCGGUGGCGGUAGCGGAGGAUUAG